AUGUCCAACCUCAAGAGCGACUACUUUGGCUCGGACUCGGCGAGCGGCGCGUCGAGCGGCGGCACCAGCCCUGCGGUGUCGGCGAUGCUCAGCCCGGGUUCCAGCUCGGUGGCCACGUCGCAGCUCUCGCUGCUGGCCUUCGAGUCGCAGCGCAACUCGCCCUCCACCUCGGCGUGUACGUCGGUGAGCGACCUUUCGUCCGAGGUGGACAAGCUCUCGCUCUCGCCCGCCGUUCCGGCGCGGCACUCCACCAAGACCGACUCUGCACCAGCGCACGCGCUGGGGGCGGGGGAAGAGGCCGAGUCGAGCGAAGACAGCGAAGCUGCGGCGGUGGAGGCCGAGAAUCGUCGCGUGGAGGAGGAGCUGGAUUCGGCGCUGGCGUUUGGGGCGCAGAUCGUGCAGCGCGAAGCACGUGCGUUGGCCAUGGCGGCGCGCAGGCUGUCCAAGUAUUCGGCGCAGCAGGACGGAUUCCGCCAGGCGGUGCGCCUCGUGCUGCGCGCCACCACGGGCGAGCGCGGCGGCAAGGUGGUGCUCACCGGCGUAGGCAAGAGCGGCAUCAUCGCAAAGAAGCUCUCGGCCACCUUCCUGUCGCUCGGUACACCCUCCAUGUUCCUCCACCCGACCGAGGCGUUGCACGGCGACCUCGGCUUGCUCACGCCGCACCGCGACGUGGUCAUCGCCUUGUCGCACUCGGGAUCGUCGCCCGAGAUCCUCGCGCUUGUGCCGCACCUCAACAUGCGCAGAUGUCCCAUCAUCGCGCUGGUGGGCAAGCGCGACAGUGCACUCGUCAAGGCAUCCGAUGCAUGGAUCGACUGCGCCACCGGCAAGGACGACCCGGACUCCGAGUCCGAGGACGAAUACGAGGCGGGUGACGAUGCGGAGGCGGAGAGCAUUCAGCGCAGUACAGCCGCUCAGUGCGACUCGUGUGCGGGCGGCAAGCAGCGCGCUGUGCGCAGGAGUCAGCGUGCACCACGACCUACAACCGACGAGGCGUGGGAUGAUGUUCCCGCGCCCUCGAGCAGCACCACCGUCGCGCUUGCCAUGGGCGAUGCACUCGCCUUCUCCGUCACGCGCGCAAAGGGCCUUGGCCGCGACAUGUUUGCCUUCAACCACCCGGGCGGCAAGCUCGGCGCCGACUUCCGCCUCCAGGGCCAGUCGGUGCCGCUCCAGUCGUACGAUCCCAAGGGCACCGAAAGCGCCGUCGCCACGCCGAUAGCCGCCUAG